AAGUCCAGCUUCGAGAGCCAGUUGUUUGUUUCUACGUUUCCCAAAGAUACUCACCGGGGCGACUCGGGACGUUUUUCUUUUUUUUUUUCUUUUGCGGAAACGACCGUCCUUUCGACGUAUCUCCAGCUCAGCCCGCGAGUCGCGUCUUUCUUUGUCUCCGUUCGUUCCGUGACGUUCGUUCGUUCGUUCGUCCUACAGACGUCUUUCAGUUCGUCGUUGUAAUAAUGGUCGUUUCUUUUGCAAAGCUUGAACGCCCGACGAAGAUUCGCUGAGAAUUCCUAAGUAGAUAAAAUUAAUUUGGAGUAAAAGAUGUCUGCGGAAUCACCAAGGCGAGGUGUACAUAAAGGAGCUCAAGUUGUCUCACCUCAACCUAUAGUGGAUCGCUCGAUCAUCGACAGCGUGGCUGGGAUCAUCAACGACAUAGUGCCACAGGGAUACGCUGGAGUAUCCAAUUCCGAUAAUAAGGAAACCAUAUCAUGGGCACGAUUUGAGUACGCGGAUAUAAAUGACCCCGCUUUAUAUCCCGACUACAAUGAAGGUUCCAGUACGCCACCAUUGUUAUUGGUGCUGGGAUACGCGACUGGUGUUCAGGUAUGGCUGAUAGCAGCGACGGGAGAGGCAACGGAGGUCUUAUCAUGGCGGCAGGGCGUAGUUCGUACCCUUCGAAUUCUACCAAAUCCAAAGACUGACGACGAACAUGUCGACCCAUUCGAAGCGAAACGGCCAAUGGUAGCGAUCUGCGACUCGGCUGGUCCGGGACCACAAUUUUGCCACAUCAGCUUCAUCUCCUUAAAAACCAGCGAGCAAGUGAAAAGCAUAAAAUUCAAAAAUCCUGUCUGCGACGUGCUAGCGAACAGACAGUCCGUGGUUGUGACGUUCUUAGAAAAAAUUGCCGUCUUCGAUGCCAGAACGUUAGAGGAUAUUAUUACAAUCACCACUUGCUACGCCAGCCCUGGCCCGAAUCCAAACCCCGUCGCUCUAGGAACACGAUGGCUCGCUUACAGCGAGAGGAAACUGAUACCCGCGAGAAGGAGCAGCGGCGGUUGUGAGGGCGAAGGUGUGCAGAGUUACACGGCGACGGUCCUUUACGCGGCGAAGUCACUGGGCAAGGGUCUCCGUGGACUCGGGGAAACGGUGGCCUCAAGUCUCACGGGGAACUCGGUCUCGCCGAUGGCGGUCAACAGCACGGGCAGUGACGUGACUCAGCCCGGUGUCGUGACGAUAUUGGAUCUUCAGGCGGCGAAAGAGGAGAAAGAGUUGGACGAUGCGAAUAUAGAGACUGUAAUUGCUCAUUUUACUGCCCAUAGUGACGCGAUCGUCGCCAUGACGUUCGACUUAACCGGCGCGUUGUUAAUGACAGCGGACAGAAGAGGACAUGAUUUCCAUGUAUUCAGAAUUCAGCCGCAUCCCGGCGGUCCAACACUGGCCGCGGUGCACCACCUGUACAUUUUACACCGUGGCGACACCACUGCGAAAGUACAGGACAUGGUGUUCUCAAGCGAUACGCGUUGGGCCGCAGUUUCCACCGUAAGAGGUACCACUCACGUUUUCCCCGUCGCUCCUUACGGCGGUCUCGUGGGUGUGAGGACGCACUCUACGCCUCACGUGGUCAACAGACUGUCGAGAUUCCACAAGAGCGCCGGCCUGACGGACGACGGCACCCGGUCUCAUUCGCCUGUGUCUCACGCGGAGCUACCUCUAUCUGUGUAUCCGUAUUCGAACCCUCGACUUCCACCGUACCCUCUUCCAACGAUACUGCAUCCUCUAUCGCAAAUACGGCAGCCUUCUUCUUUGAAUCACGUCAACAGCUCCUCGCAACCGAGCAGACCGCAGCAGAGACAACGAUUACAUUCGGACGACGGUGGGACCUUGCCAUUGAAGAUUUGCGUGUGCUUUGCUCCACCGAGAGCUUGGAUGUACGCGCAGAGGGAGUCCAGCAGCAAGGUUGUCAAGAGAGCGGUUGAUUCCUUGUUCAUCAUGGCAUGCCACGGCAAUUUGAUCCAAUAUGAUUUGGAACCUAAACCAGCUGCUGGAGUGCCAAAGGAAAAGGUUUGCGACGACACCAUGAUCGAGUUGGAGGUUGAAGCGAAGGGUCAAUGGCCGCUUUUGAGAACGCCCAAUUCUUCGGAAAUUGCACCACCGUUACCUCUAUCCAAUCCGUUGCUGAGCGUUACGUUCGCGCCGAAGAACAGCCAGGAACUCGACACAGCUGAGGACCGUUGGUUGAGCCAAGUGGAGAUCGUGACGCAUGCUGGACCGCACAGACGAUUAUGGAUGGGGCCGCAGUUCGUGUUUAAGACUUAUAACGCACCCAGCGGUGUCUCCGUUAAUCUGGUUGAAGCGGAAGCGGUUGAGAUCGGAGUUACGUCUGGUGGAUCACGUCCGGCGAGAUCUAAGCCCGUUAAUAUGCCACAUGCAUCCUCCAGACCUCUGAUGCCGGUGGUUAUCGACGGAUCGGGAAGCAGUUACGAGCAAUCGCCGAGGUUCAUGGAGGCCUAUGGCGAUCCUCUGGACAGUGAAAACGUGGCCGUCGGCAGUUGCGAAAGUCAACUGAGGGAAGAUCUCGCGGAAGCUAUGCUCGAGAUAUCUAUCGCGUCGCACCGUGCUCCAGGUAGGCGAUCGGUAUUUGAGAGGGUGGGUCAGCCGGUAACUAAAGUCGUCAACCCUCUUGGCACCGUGAUUACCGUGUCGGCCGACGAGGAGGAUACUGUCGUUAGCAACUCCGGUCAAGAGUUGUUCGACUCCGCGGAGGAGAUACUCGCGCCGCCGGAGGCACCUAGAAGCGUGUGCGCGGAGGAGGGCCCGGCCUCGCUCGGCGACCUCGAGCCGCCUGAGUGCGGCCAGACGCUGCGCGAUCUCACGGAGAUCUGCGCGGAGAUGCGCUCGGCGAGCGAGCCGGCGAUCGACAGCGUGCCCGACGAGAACAUACGCGAGCUGCGGGAGCGUAGGGCCCUCUGCGCGGAGAUGCUGACCACCGGGCCGGCGGCCGGGAGCGGCAGUGACGUCUCGUCGAUCGACUUCGAGAGGGAGGAGGCGUUUCGCGACGUGCCGACCAGUCUCAGUCUGUGCGCCGAGCAAGGCGAGAUCCCGAGCAGCCCGAUGACGCGGGCCAAGGAGACCGUCUGGUGCUGCAAGAAGUCGGGCAGGCGCGACGAGAGGAGCUUCGCCAAGGCCAAGUACGUCGUCAACUACGACGACGACAGUGUCACGCUGAUGGAGAACCGCACCGAGAGGAACGGGACUAUUGACGAGACGCGGCCGCCGAAUGAGGUCAGCCGGGGAGCGCUGAGGAGGUCCGCGAGAAGAGCCGGCGAUUCCGAGAAAGCGUCGGAUCCCGCGCGGAAACGUGCCGACCAGCCGGCUCGCGUGGAGAAGUACCUGGUGAAAGAGGACGAGGACAGCGUCAUCAUCGAGGACAGAUCGCUCGACGACCGGCUGGAGAAGCCGGAACGCGCGAAGGAGUCGACAGCCGCGGAAACGGGCCUGCAGAGCACCGACGACGACCUGCCGCCGUUGGACCCUCCUCCCCUGGACGAUUUCAGCUCCAUCGAGUACCACAUGGUGGCUGCCGCCGCUCAGUCGGACGACGACAUCGAGCACAUCCACAUGGAGAUGACGCGGCCGGAGGCCGGCGAGCGCGUCACCACCGGGUCGUCGCGCGGCCAGCAGCGGAAGAGCAGCAAGAGCACCAUCUCGGACGACGACCUGGAGUACAUACACAGCUCCGAGCUCGGCGACACUCCGGACGUCAAGUCCAGGAGGCCGGAGAGCGACGGCUGCUCGUCGCGCACCGCAGCUCGCAGGCACAGCAGGCACGCCUUGUCCUCCGACGACGACCUGGAGCACGUGCAGCACUCCGAGAUACGCGAGUUGGAGUCUCUCGCGGUGGAGAAUUGUUCGACGGAGCAACAGCAAGCGAAGCCGUCAGGCAAGAGGCGGAAGGACGUCAUGGUGAUCGACAGCGAGGCUGCAGCCGAGGUCACCGUGAUCUACAACCCUCUGGAGGAGGUCUGCGCCGCGGAGCGCAAGCCGGUGAGUCCCACGAGGAAGGCCAAGAGUCGGGCCGCCUCGAGGACCUCGUUGCCGGGCAAACGAGCUCCUUCGCCGACCGCGGAUCUCGUCGAGAUCAUCGACAUCGACGCGAUGCAGAAGGCCGAAGAGCUGGACGCCGCCUCCAAGUGCAAGAUUCUGCGUCAGGACGGCGCGCGCGGCAGGAAGCCUCGCAAGAGCAAGAAGUGGCACGCGAGUCAGUCGUCGCAGGUCGGAGUCGACUCGUCCAAGAUGGCCGAGGAGGAGUGGCGGGAGCCGGUGGUCGCGGAGGUGUCGUGGAGCUCGAUCGUCAAGAAGAAGUUGUCGGACGACGCCGAGACGGCGCUCCGGAAGGAGCUGGUGGACCUUGAGCCGCUGAUGGAGGUGGAGGAGCGCGCCUCCCGUGCCAAGGAGGAGGAGGAUAACGACGUCGGGACGACGGCGCUGAACGAGAGCCUCCUUGUAGACCUUCCGGUGCCGACGAUGUUCGAAGACGACGAGGAGGGCCCGACGGCGAGUCCGUUGUACGGAAGCAAGAAUCGCGUGCCGGCGGGGAGGACGACGGAGGACGACACUUCUCUCGUCUCGGCGGAAGUAGUAGCCGAGCGACGACAACGGCGACUCGUCGACGACGACGAUGGCUGCGGCGACGACGACGACGCCGAGACACGUCGAGGUAACGCAGCCGUGAGAGGAGAAUCGCAGGAAUCUUCUUUGCAGCUCGCCGCGGCGCGCCGUCGACGCCGGCAGGCGGAGGGGGAGGAGGAUCGAAACGAGGCCACCGGCGACAAGCGUAGCGACUCGGAAGAGCGUAGCGAGCCGUUGCCCGAGCACUCCUCGGACGAGCCGGUGAACGCGGCGACGACGAUCGUUACGGACGACGCCGAUAACGGCGGCGACAAUAACGCCUGUUGCGCGGACGCCGCCGAGAGGAAUAACGUCCGCACCAUGCUGUGGGCCGCCAUGUACGCCUCGGUCGGUACGAAGAAGGUCACCAGCGCCAGGUCCAAGAGGAAAAAGCGCAGAUGAGUAGAGGAUUGCGUGGACGUGCCUGGGGCCAGCCUUGCUCUAUACAUACUCCUGAUGCAAGUGACAGGGGUGGAUUAGUGUUUUUAAUCGAUAGAACGAGGGAACCUGUCGAGAUCGCUCAGUCGUUGUCCUCUCUNCUCUCUCUCUCUCUCUCUCUCUCUCUCUCUCUCUCUCUCUCUCUCUCUCUCUCUCUCUCUUCUUCUCCUUCUUUUCUCUUUCUUCGUAGAAAAAUGCGUAAACCGCGGAGAAUCCUGCCGUGCGAGCGAACGAACAACAAAUAGGUAGAUAGGUUGGUGACGUAAAGAUGGAAGUGCACACUGAGCGAAUGAACAACAAACAGACAGUGAAUGCAUAUAUAUAUAUAUAUAU